UCGUUUGGAGACAACAUUAGCGCUAAAACAGACAAACAGUGCGUUAAAGAGCUGUUCCUAUGGUUUGUAACGAUAGAUGUCGUUAACAAUGGAUUCUUGGAAUAUAUAAAACCCAAUUGAUGUGAUAAUUGUAGUUAUUUGCGGUCAAGUGAUUGGUUAUGUAUCGGUAAAAUUGUAAUCAAAUCAUCAAACAGAUAAACGGAUCAAAUGAAUGCCAAACAAGUGUUUGAAUGCUUGUUAUGGUUAUGUAUCACUCAAUUGGUCUCAAUUGGUAGCAAUCGGGUGAUUGAGUUGAACGAGCGCUUCCUCGAAGUAUUGAACCGGGAGGGCGAGUGGCGAUCGUUUUUAGUAUUGUUUUAUGCACCAUGGUGCUAUCAUUGUCAACAACUAGAACCAGUUUGGGGUCAAGUGGCACAACAGAUCCACAAUGAAGAUAAGGAAAUUUAUGUGGGAAGAGUUGAUUGCACCAAAUAUACCACACUUUCCACUCACUUCAACAUUAAAGGCUUUCCAACCAUUUUAUACAUUAAUAAAGAUAAACGAUUUGAAUUUCGAGGCGAAAGAACUAAGAAGGAAAUGAUUGACUUUGCCCUCCGAGUCAAUGGUCCGCCCGUCAGACAUAUCACCGAUUGCUCGCAUAUCGACGCUCUCAGACAAACACACGAUGUCUUGUUUGUUAACUUUGAUUCCACUGUUAAUGAAAAUUACACUAAAAUUGCAACCAAUUAUCAAAGCAUUGAUUGGUUUUAUUAUUCUUCACUCAAAUGCAAUCCAUUUUCUGACGGAAUUUAUUCAUUAAAAGCCAAAAACUAUUAUAAAAAAUUUGAUGAAAAUGAAGCCCAACUGGAGGAAUGGAUAAAAUUACAACGAUUUGCACAAUUUGUUAGGAUUACUAACAGUAACUUCAAUUUACUUCUUCAAACUCGAAAAUAUUUAGUGAUUGCUUUAAUUGAAGAAUACAAGUCAUCCAAUAAAGUGAAUCCAAAGCACAAAUGGUUUUAUGAUUUGAUGGAAUCAAUUGCUUAUAGUUAUCCCAAUAUCAAUGAUCUCAUAAUUGGUUGGACUCCAGAUGUGGCCACAAUUAAUUCGAUAGCAAUUCGUACGAUAACACCAUUGCCUAACAUUAUUGUCAUCAAUUCAACUACACUUCAAUAUUACUUAAUUGAUGGCCAACUAAACAGUCAAAAUAUUAUAUCGUUUUUGGAUAAUUUAACAAACGAUUCGUCCAAAAUAAAUGCUUUGGGUGGCGAUAGGUUUUGGCAUCGAAUUCAGAGAAUGGCUUUCGACACCAUUACCUCAUUUGUUAGUAUGUAUUACGGAAACCCUGUCCUAACAAUUCUACUUUUUGGAGUUCCCGGCGCUUUCUUGUCAAUCAUUAUAUAUACAACUUGUUGUUCCGAUAUUUUUGACGCUAAAGAUGAAGACAACGAUGAAGACGAUGAUGAACAUGAAAAACAAGAAUAAGAAACAUUUUAUACAUUUGUCUA